AAGGUCGUGACUAAACAUCAUUCUUCCUCGGAAAUUUGCUCGGUAGAUCGACGUAUAAAAACUGCUCGCAUGAUUUUCUGCUUAUAGUACAGAACUAAUCAUGAAGUGGUAUUCACUACCACUAGUGCUCGCAGUGCUAGUUGCGCCCGGACUAUUAAAAAGUCCACCCCAGCCUGCUGGGGUUGUGUAUUUAGUCGAUGAACUUGUGGAAACCAAACCGAAGAAAAACGCUGAGGAUAGCGGCAACAAUGUUAUUCCUGAUGAAGGUGAAAACUCGAAACGGGGUGUUCUAUUAGCUAAUCCCAUAGCUGAAAACGUGGCGGGAGACGGAGUGUACUUUAGGCCUGAAGAUGGAAAACCUGUUGCCGAAGGCAAACGCCUCAUAGUCGCCCAGCCCUCCCGCAGUAAAAGAUCCUACGGUUCAGGUGGCACCGGAGGCGGCUACGGAGGAGGUUAUGGGGGAGGCUUUGGUGGAGGUGGCGGAGGCGGUGGAGGAGGCGGCGGUGGAGGCGGAUUUGGAGGCGGCUCAGGAUUCGGAGGUGGAGCAGGAUUAGGAGGACUUGGUAGCUUGGGCAGCUUGAUUGCAGGCAUCAAGGCCAAAGGAGCCGGUGGACAUGGAAAUGGCGGUGGACUGGGCGGUGGUGGCGGAGGCGGCGGUUUAGGAGGAGGCCUGGGAGGAGGCGGCGGUGGUGGACUUGGCGGAGGUGGCGGCCUUGGGGGAGGCAGUGGAGGCCACGGUGGCGCUGGUAGCGGAGGUUACGGAGGCUCUGGAGGUCAAGGUGGUGGAUUUGGAGGCAGCGGCGGAGGAACAUCAAGCUCCGCGUCAUCAACCAGUGGCGGCCUUGGCGGAGGUUUCGGAGGCGGCGGCCUUGGAGGCGCUGGAUCAUCAGGCGGAGGAUUUGGCGGCUCCAGUGGUGGCGGAUAUAGUGGAGCCGGCGGAAAUGGAGRAGGCGGCGGUAGCGGAUUUGGCGGCGGCCUGGGUGGGGGUUCUGGUGGAAGUGGAGGAUUUGGCGGUGCCUCAGGCCAUAGUGGCGGAGGUGGAGGCGGAAGUUCUGGAGGCUUUGGAGGCGCCGGUAGUGGAGGACAUGGCGGCGGAUUCGGCGAAAGUGGCGGCGCAACCGGCUCAGUAAUUAUCACUGGAGGACCAUCUGGAGGUGGUGGUGGAUCAGGGGGUGGCGCCGGACGUGGUGGCGGUUUUGGAGGAGGAGGAGACGGUGGCGGCGGAUACGGAGGGUCAAGUGGUGGCGGAGCCUACGGGGGAUCCGGUGGAAACGGUGGUGGAUUUGGGGGAUCCUCCGGAGGUGGAUAUGGUGGAUCAAGGGGCGGCGGAUUAGGCGGCUCGGGAGGAUUUGGAGGCGCUCAAGGAGGCAGCGGUGGUUUCGGAGGCGGUAAAGGAGGAAGUGGUGGAUUUGGUGGUGGUGGCAGUGGAGGAGCUGGCGGCGGCUUCGGUGGAGGAGGCGGCGGCGGUGGUGGACUUGGAGGAGGAUUAGGAGGCGGUUUGGGAGGAAGCGGAUCUGGCGGGUAUGGAGCACAUGGCGGACAAAGCGGGGGUGGAGGUUAUGGUCCAGGAGGGGGCUGCUCUGGAGGAUGCGGAGGUGGAGGAAGUGGUGGAAGUGGCGGAAGUGGAAGCUCUGGGGCAUACGCUUCAGCUAGUGCCACAGCGUCCGCUUCAGCCAAAAGCAGCUCAUAUGGAAAAUAGGAUUUGGUGGUGAUGCCAAGAAAGCAAACGCCGGAAGUGUGAUCUGAAGUUUUAUAAAUAAAGGUUUAUAAAAUUUUA